AUGGGUUCUGACGAAGCUUGGACCCCGCACACUGUGCUGUCCAGCCUCCCCCAUCAACCCGAGGAAAACACCACUUCCCCGAUCCCCUUCUUCCACCUCCUGGAGCGCCUCAAGACGACGAAGCGCGAAGGCUGGCGCCGUUUCGGAAUCAAUGGCGAAUCGAUUUCCGACCACAUGUACCGCAUGUCGGUCAUGACCAUGCUUGCCCCGCCCGAGCUCGCGGCCAGGAUCAACGUCCCGCACUGCACGAAGAUGGCGCUCAUUCAUGACAUGGCGGAAUCGCUGGUGGGCGACAUCACGCCCGUGGACACAAACGUCACCAAGGCUGAGAAGGCUCGUCGGGAGGCGGCCGUCAUGGACUACAUCACCACCUCCCUCCUGGGCAAUAUCAAGGAUGUUUUCCAGGAGUACGAGGACAAUGUCACCCUCGAGGCGCAAUUUGUCCACGACAUUGACAAGAUGGAGCUUCUGCUGCAGAUGGUCGAAUAUGAGCGCUCGCACAAGGUCGACCUCUCGGAAUUCGAGCGCGUCGCGUCACGAGUUCAGUUGCCGGAGAUUCAGGCGUGGGCCGCACAAGUUGUCAAGGAGCGGCCCACCUACGCUGCCAAUGCCUAA